CAACUGUCCAACUCCCAAAAAAAAGGCAUUACGCUUCCUACGCACGCUCGCGCUUCUACCACCCCGUAUCGAUAACAUGGACGCAUCCAUCACUCAACGGCGGAGGAAGCCUCAAGAGAAGGGAACGGACGCAGACUCGCAAGAGCCGACCGGGUCGAGCACGGCCGUCGCACCGAGACGGACGCUUGAUGCCGUGAAACGAGGAUCUGUGAGCAAACUAGUCACUUUGGGCGUGAUCGCAAGUGUUUUCGCAUUAGGAACCUACGUCACCCUCACAUCCCCCCAAACUCCCAACCAAGUCGUGAGGAAACUCAGAGCGGCCGUUUACCUCGAUGACCAGCGGCCACUCUUGGCAAAGCGGGCUACGGCGGGGUACACCUGCGACCCAACGAUAUGUAAACUGCCCAACUGCUUCUGUCCGACUAAAAGUCCGGCGGGCGGGCUUGCUGUGUCAAAUACACCCCAAUUUAUCCUCCUAACCUUCGACGACGCCGUGCAAGUGAUCUCGCACCCUUUGGCUGAGAAGGCAGCGAGCUCAAAGAAUCCAAAUGGGUGUCGGAUACCCGCCACGUUCUUUGUGUCGAAUACGUAUACGAAUUAUCAUAUGGUGCAGAUGUUGCAUGGCGCGGGGCAUGAGAUCGCUCUCCACACAAUGUCCCACAUUGGCAACCCCACCACCCCCGAAAUCGACGGCUGCCGCAAAGCCCUCAACGCCUACGCCGGCAUCCCCCUCGCCGACAUGAAAGGCUUCCGCGCACCGUUCCUCGAAUACAACAUGACUACCUACGCCGCCCUGCGGGACCUCGGUCUUCAGUGGGACUGCAGUAACCCCGUGGAUCCCCCCGGGCAGAUGACGUGGCCGUAUACGCUGGAUGAGGGGUUUCCGGUGGAGUGCAAUACAGGAACAUGCGACUACACAGCCCGCUUUCCAGGCCUGUGGGAGAUCCCAAUGAACACCUUAAUGGAUCCAGCGACCGGCACGGCCCUCUCAUCGAUGGACCCACCGGGCGACCCGGCAUUCUUGCAGAACUUAUUCCGGCACAAUUUCAAGCUGCAUUGGGAGAAUGGGAGGCUGCCGUUCGGUGUUUGGCUGCACGCAGCCUGGUUUCUAGAAGACCCCGUCAAUGACCGCAUGGCCAUCCUCACCGAGUUCUUCGACUGGGCCCGCUCUUACACCAACAACGCGGUCUGGUUCGUAACCCCAACCCAACUGCUCACCUGGCUCCAAAACCCCAUCGGCCUCGACGCCAUGCAAAGCUCGUCUCUGUUCGCGUGUCCGUGGCAGGACGCUCGGGGGGAUGCCAACAAGACGGAGAUCUGCAACGGGGUGGACGAUAACGGAAGUGGGUACACGAAAAAAGACGCCCAAAAAAAAAGACCUACCCUCUCCCCUUUUCUUAUACUGAUGUGAGAUGGGUCAUGUUCUGAU